AUGGUCUUUGCGUCCUUCGUUUUUCUCGCUAGCCUGGCUUUGUCUCUGGCUGCUCCGCAACAGAGGCGACAGGCAAGCGGUCCAGUCAUUGGUUCCAACUUUCAAGACCCUUCGGUCGUCCAAUUGGCUGAUGGGAGCUACGUCGCCUAUUCGGGUGUUAAUGGGAACCCUGCUGGGUCUAAUAUCUUGAUUGCGACUUCCCCAGACUUUUCGACCUGGACUGUCCGGUAUGGCUAUGAUGCCUUGCCCAAUCUCCCUUCUUGGGCCGCAUCGCCACCUCAUGUAUGGGCUCCUGAUGUGAUCCAGCUAAAUAAUGGGAACUUUGUGCUGUAUUACUCUGUGGUCAUGGCCGAGUCCCCGUCGAAGCAUUGCGUUGCAGCAGCAUACGCUCCCAACCCAGAAGGGCCAUUUACCCCCGUCCAGACGCCUUUGUUUUGUGACCUGGGCGCCGGAGGAGCGAUUGAUGCGGAUGGGUUCAAUGAUCCGACCACCAACCGCCAGUAUGUCGUCUACAAAGUCGAUGGUAAUUCUGUCGGCAAUGGAGGCGCCUGUUCGAACACAGUAGCGCCUAUCGCUCCGACGCCGCUCAACCUUCAGGAAGUCAGUAACGACGACGGCUAUACGCCCCUCGGCGGCACAACGACUAUCCUCCUCAAUGACCCCGAUGAUGGACCGAACAUCGAGGCACCUUCACUAACAUACGAUUCCUCCUCUGGAACAUACAUCCUCUUUUACAGCUCAAAGUGCUUCACUACAACUCCUUACAACAUUCGCUACGCGACCAGCACGAGUAUCUACGGUCCUUUUACCAAGCAACCGAAUUCAUUCCUGGUGACCGGCAGUACAGCAGCCAAUCUUUACAUCCCGGGAGGCAUCGACAUCACCAAGGAUGGAAAGAAGGCCGUCUUCCACGGUGACACGAAUAUGGGCUGGUUUGCAGGUGACGGCAGUAAGCGAGUCCGAGCCAUGUAUGCCCUCGACCUGAAUUUUGGAGGCGGCGCAGUGUAUCCGGGUGGCCUCUAUUGA